GCCAGUACAAUUCAGCAUUUUUUAUGUUUGUUAUUUGUUCGUUUGACCAGUGGUAUAAGUCUUCCUGGGUUUCUCAAGAAGAAGCCAAGUAGAGAUCGCGCCCUAACGGCGCCGAGCACGGGCGAGGGAAAAUCCACGGCCUGGUACACAGACCACAGCAAACAGACUGAAACUGAAAAGAAGAAAAAUCAGGCCUCUCCAAAAGAAGAGCCCAAAGCCUCAAAAGAGAGGAUACCUUCUGGAAAGAAGCCAGAAAUGUCUAAAGAAAGAGUGCCUUCCGAUAAGAAACCUGAACAACCUGCAGCGAAAGAGACCCAAGAACCAGCAGCCCCCAUCGAAAAGGUUUCCUUGGAAAAGGAACCAGAAGUAACUAAGCCGAAGACACCCACUGAAACGAAACCCGAGGUAACCAUAGAAAAGAAAACUGUUGAAGAAAAUGACGAAUUGUCAAAAGAAAGAGCUCCUUCAAUGACUAAACGAGAAAGAACUCAGUCAGGAGAGAAACCAGUGACCACCAAACCACCCAUCUUGGGCAUGAAACCAUUUGCUCUUUCUCGCGACAGGACCGCGACAGCGCCAUCCGCACAGUCGCGUGUUGGGGGAUCCACACCUGAGAAGGAUGCCCCUAAGCCAGCCCCGGAGGAGCCUGCUGCUAAGCCGCGUGGACCUCCAAAAUUUGGAAUUGGAAUAGGUGGAGCUGCGGGUGGAGGACUCUUGGCUGAGAUGAAACUGAGGCAAGAGAGGGCGGCCAGCUUAGUUAGGAAAGUAACGGAUAAACCAGCCGAUAGCAAACCCACUGAACCAGACAAGGGCUCGCAACCUGCUCCUGCUCCCGGAAGUAAAGAAACAGGCCCGCAAAUCGCAAAGGAGGGACUUGUCAAACCGUCGUCCUUUAAGAGCUCGAGGCCCAGGCUGCCGUCUGGUACUCCGCCAAAACCGGCUCCUCGGCCUGGUAAGAAGGACUCCAAGAAAGAAUCAAGGGAAGAAAAGAAAGACGAAAAUAAAGAGAAGGAACCGGAAGUAAAAAAAGAAGUUCAAUCGGAAGCUAAAGAAGGCGUUAAACUGGAAGUAUUGAAGAACGAACAACCAAAAGAAACGAAAGAGGUUAUACCGGAAACAAAACAAUCGGAAAAACAGGAAGAACUAGAUGGGAAAGUAGAAAAAGUGGAAAAGGUGGAGGGAAAAGAGAAACCUGAGGAAGUUAAAGACAAAGUUGUAGAUAGUUCUUCAGUUGAAGAUGGGAAGAAGACGGAAGAGGAAGAUAAGAAAGAGAUUAAAACAGAGGAAAAUAUUGAGACGCCAACUGAAGGAGUACAGGAACAGACGGGGAAAGCUAAAAAGAAGGUAGAAGAUGUUGACAGCGAGAAAGAGAGAGUAGAAAGUGCGAAGAUGGAGGAAGAGGUCAAAAAGAAAGACGGCCACGAGUCGGCUGUGGUAAAAGACGAUUUGUGGGUAAGUCGCGAGAAUGGCAAAGAAGCAUUGAGACCAGGUGGGCGGUCCAUGUCACUGAAGGUGCAACGAAGCACAUCUGGGACAGAGAAGCAAGCCUUGCGAUCAGCGACUCUACCCAAACCCUGGUCACCUGGUCAAGCCCCUUCUAAUAUGCUGUCGAGGAAGUUAAGCUGGGACAGGCCAAAAGCUGGGGAAGAAGACGGCAGACGGACAAAACGAAGUGCGAGUAGCAGCGAUGAAUGCAUCCUAGAGGUCCCCGAGGAUCAAUUUUCGAAACCGUCAUCUCCUGAUCCCGAAGAAGCCGGAGAGCCAAAGGACAGCAAACUCGAAGUUACAACUACAACAACGAACGGCUCGAUUCCUAAAAGUCCUGAUGCUGCUACAUUGGAGGAGAUUUUAAACUCAGAUGGCGACACGGUGCUAUGAAAGGUUUUGUGGAGCUCUUGUGAAUAUCUAUACAACCGAACGCUGAUACAUACAGAUCUGUUGUAAGAGUCUGUCCGUAAUGUUUUUGGAAUGGGGAAUGGCGAUUGAAGAUAUGUAGAGGGGGAAAAAUGUUUUCUGUUUUUUCCUAGGUAGAUGAGUACUUUCACGACUGCUUCUUUCCGUUGAAUAUAAGUUUGUCCCCGAACAUAUUUUGUAUUUCCGUCUUAAAAAAAAAGCCCUUUCCGACAUUUGUCAUUUCCCGUUCAAUGGGCGCUCCCCAGACAAAAAUCAACAGGUGUACAUGUUGUUAUGUGUUUAUUCAGAUUAAUUUAAUUCUAUAUUUUUCGAUUAUAAAAAAGAUUGUCUUAAUACCGAAUACGACUACAAUUUAGUACCUUACAUCGUUCGCUAUCAGCAGUUUUCUUUGUGAAAGGUUAGUUAGUUUCGGUGUAUUGUGCAAUGGAACUAAUGUAAAACGAUCAACGUAGGAGCUUUUGAAUUGUUUUGAUGUUAAACAGAAAACUGUAAUUUAAACCGAAGUAAACUCAGAUAUCGGCUGCCGUUAGGUAAAGAAAAAGCCAGAGAAGAAAACUAAUUGAAGUGUCUUCAGUUGUAGUUAAUGAUAUUUAAUUCAAACUUUAGUUGUUUAGUUUACUUGCUGCUUGUUGUUUAUCAUAUUUGGUUUUCAUUGUUUAAUUUAGCGCGGGUCAAACUGUAAUGUAAAAGCGUGCGUCAUGUCAUUUUUGGGUCACUUUUGGGUCGUUUUAGCGACGAAGUAAAUUUCUCUUAAAGAAUGAAAUUUGAAGUGACAAUGUGUGGGUGAAGGAAACACCGUUGCGGUGCCAUUAAACAAGAAAAGAACCUGGGUUAACAUGGACGCAAAUGAAACGUUGGGAUUAGUUUAGGCUACAUUAUUCAGCAUGCAACCGUCCGGAAGCUUCGCUUAAAUUACAUUUAAUUCUCUUUUCCCAGGUUAAUACUAUGCUUGAACAGGUUGAGAACACCAUUAGAGGUCGACAUUAAUUCAGCAAAAAUUAAUCAGUUCUGUCGUUAACUCUCGAUAAGUAAGGCGCGAUUUAGAAUAUCCACAAUUUACGUGAAUUGUCAUUUUGGCUUUUUAACUUGAUUGUAUUUGUAUUCUAUUUUAUUAUAUAUAUUUUUUACCUUUUUUAUUUAAUUUGACUCAUGUCAAUUUUCACUAGACGGCUGAAAAAUUCCUCCACUGAGAAAAAAUCAUGUUCUGAACAGAAAAUCACACCACCAGUGUCUGGUAACGCAACUUUUGUGGGGACCAUUGCGUGACAGAGCUUCUAACGAUUUGACUUUAAAGGGUUUUCUGCAAAAAUCGUGGAGGGAUAAUAGUUAGAAACAAGCCAAAUUUAGCUACAUAUUCCGAGUUUUAAACAGAUUGCAUUGAAGUGUAUUUACGAAUGUAGGUAGGAUAAAAAUAAAUGGUGAAGUUUUAUAA